GCUUUUCUACAGUUUGGAGCUGGGUCAGGAUGGAGCCUCCGAAGGGGUUUAUCAGAACUAGAUCAUACAAGGAGUAUGUGACCAGAGAGCGCGCACCUGAUCCGAGCCGAGCCGUGCUGCUGGUGAUUGACAUGCAGGAGUUUUUCCGGUCGUGCGCGGAAGACAUUCUGCCUGCAAUAUUGCAAAUCAUACGAGAUGCGAGAAGGGCGAAAGUUCCGAUCGUGUACACGAGAACGGCGUACCAGGAAGGUGAAGAGCAUGGCAUCCUCGGGGAGUGGUGGGAGGGUGUCAUCGAUGAUGGGCUCAAGGAAUCGGAGCUGAUGCCAGAGGUUGAAUUCGAUCCGGAGCAGGACAAGAUGAUUAGGAAGCUGACAUAUAGUGCUUUCAACGGCACUGAUCUGGAGUCUUAUUGCAAGGAUCUGGGACGCGACGAGGUGAUCGUCACAGGGGUCAUGACCAAUCUCUGCUGCGAAACCACGGCCCGAGACGCCUUCUGCAGGGGCUUCCGCGUGUUUUUCACAACCGAUGCCACCUCGACGUCAUCCGAGGAAAUGCACACAGCUACGUUGUCAAAUAUCGGUUUUGGCUUCGGGUACUUGGUGGACAAAGAUAGCAUCAAAUUGGACAGGGAGCUGAAGUCCGGCUAACUCGAGUCACGAGAAUGAAAUUUCUGGUGUACAUAGCACAAAUGGCACAGUUCUGGCGCUUUUUCCUGCGAAGGAAGAAAGACCCAGGCUAGGAUUUCUUCUGAAACAGGGUAAUUGGAGGCUUCAGCGUCGAAUGCCUGGUCGAUUUCGUCUACCUCACAGGUGCAGCCGCUGUCGUCUGCCUAACAUCUUUGGUCCUGAGCGACGUUCUUCGUCAUGAAGUUGACUAAAUCUCUGUUGUCUAUCCCGCGUCUCGUUCCAUGUUCGGUCUUCGCCCAUCCCAUCUUUCAGCAUCUUAUGGUCUCGAUGCCCAAAGACUGAAAUCACGCAAUGUGAAGCUAGAGAUAGUGCGGUGCGUAUCGGAAGGACUGCAGAUGAAGUGGCUAAGCACGGUCUCACCGAAAUUUUUUAACAUAGCCAAACCCGGUGUACUAGGGUUGCAAUUAGGAUUUUGGUCAAGCGGAGUAUCACGGAAGUACAGAUACCGGAUGCGGAAGACUCGUCAUGGAUUGCUACGUGUGAAUGUAGUUUGUUUAGUCUCUAGUUGAUUUGCCUUCUCAGUAAAUGGACACGACGACGAAUUGAAAACUCCGAUUUUUCAUCUCGGCUGAUAGAAAGUUGCAGAUGUAAGUGAUUGUAGAGAGGUAAGGUAGCAGUAGAAGCCUCGUAAAGCAAGGCGAAACAAAUUACCGAAGCUGCCUUACUUCAGCUGUAUAUCAACCUCUGUUGCAUUAAAAUGAUCAAAUAUUUUCUCAGUUCAGUCCGAUUGUU